AUGAGAGCCGCAGCCAUUGUUUUGCUAGAAAGAAGGGCCUUUGGAGCAAUACGUCGAACACUUGGAAUACCUUUUAUGCUCCAUCGAGAUUUUCGCCCCACUCUCAGUUUAUGCACUAUAACAUCACCGGACGGAACCUUAAAUCACGCGAGAGAAAUUUCGUCGGGAUCUGGAGAAGAAACAACUCAAGGAGAAGCAAAUAGCCUAGGCUUGAGGAUCGAGAAAUUAGGGAAAGGUGAGUCCGUGGCCACCGCCUUCCAGAGCUGGAUGGGCGACGGGCUACCCAUCCACGGUGGCGAUAUUUUCCACACUAUCAACCGUUUGCGCCGCCUCAAGUCCACUAAGCGGGCCCUUGAGGUAAUGGAGUGGGUCAUAAGGGAGAGACCUUACAGGCCAAAAGAGCUGGACUACUCGUACCUACUCGAGUUCACCAUGAAGCACCAUGGAGUUUCACAUGGCGAGACCCUUUUCUCCCGAAUCCCAUCCGAGUUCCAAAACGGGCUCCUCUAUAACAAUCUCGUGCUCGGCUGCCUAGACAGAGGCCUCAUAACUCUCUCUCGGGCUUACAUGAGGAAAAUGAGGGAAUUGGGCCACCCUAUAUCAUACCUGGUUUUCAACCGCUUGAUACUUCUCCAUUCCUCCCCGAGCCGCCGCAAAUCAAUCCCCAAAAUCUUGUCUCAGAUGAAAGCCGAUAAAGUCACCCCUCAUCCCUCCACAUACAAUAUCUUGCUAAAGAUCGAGGCCCACGAGCACAAUAUCGAGGGAUUGGUUAGAGUCUUUGGCGAAAUGAAACGGGCCUCCGUCGAACCGAAUGAGAUCACUUACUGCAUUAUGGCUGUUUCUCAUGCCGUCGCCAGGCUGUACAUCACGUGUGGGUCCUACACCGAAAAAAUCGAGAAGUCAAUGACGGGUCGUAACUGGUCAACACUGGACAUUCUCGUGAUGCUGUACGGUUACCUAAGGAGUGAGAAGGAGCUGGAGAAGACAUGGGCUCAAAUUCGAAGUCUGCCGCAUGUCAGGAGCAAGAGUUAUGUGCUGGCAGUCGAGGCCUUUGGGAGGACCGGGAAUCACAGUCGAGCAGAGGAGAUAUGGCUUCAGAUGGCAUCCGAAAAGGGAAUAAAAUCGACCGAGCACUUUAAUUCGAUGAUUGGGGUUCACUGCAGGAAUGGGCUCGUUACGAGAGCCACCGGGUUGUAUAAAGAAAUGGAGAAAAGACUGUGUAAGCCAAAUUCCAUCACGUUCAGGCAUCUGGCCCUCGGCUGUUUGCGGGCCGGGCUUGUGAAAGAAGGUGUUAGGACCCUUGAAUUGGGGAUGGGAUUUGAGACGAGCGAUAAAGUCAAAAGGUCAACCCCUUGGUUAGAGACCACGUACUUGAUGCUAGAGAUUUUUGCGGACCUUGGUGACGUGGAUAAUGUCGAGAGACUGUUUGAGGAAUUGAAGAGAAGUAAUUUUACGAGGUACACUUUUGUGUACAAUUCGGUAAUUAAGGCGUAUGUGAAGGCCAAGGUUUACGAGCCUAAUCUCCUCCGGAGGAUGAUUUUGGAUGGGUGUAGGCCGGAUGCUGAGACAUAUAGUUUAAUGAAGCUGAUAGAACAGUUCCGCUCAGGGUAA